CCGAGCACUUCUUCCCCCGCCUGCCCCGCGUCUUCUCGUCCCGAAUCCCACCAUCAACUUCUUUUCUCGGAUACAAUAGCUUGCUUGCUUAUGGGAGUUGGAGUCAUAGGUACUCAAUCGCCAUAAUUGAUCGCCAGCGCAAAACAAAUAGCGAAGUUGUAUAUCAAUCAGUGAGACACCAUGGUCGAACACGAGCCCGAGCCGAAGCGUUUCUCCCCUAAGGUCCCUGUCCAGCUCGACCCUCCCAAAUACGAUCUGAUAACUGUGGAGGAACUAUCGAAAUGCGACGGCACCGAUCCGAAUCGUCCUACGCUGGUCGCAAUCAAAGGAAUUGUUUUCGACGUGACUCGCAACGCUGCAUACAGCCCGAGCGGGCAAUACCACGUAUUCGCCGGAAAGGAUCCCUCCCGCGCCCUGGCCUCUUCGUCGCUCAAGCCUGAGGAUUGCCGAUCUGACUGGUACGAUCUCGAGGAUAAAGAGAAGACGGUACUCGAUGAAUGGUUCACAUUCUUUAGCAAACGGUACAACAUUGUUGGGAAAGUGCAAGACGCCGCCAACUAUUGACAGAAGUGAAUGAGGCAUUUGCGGUACUUCCUUGAUUAGCCAGCGCUCCUCUAUCAUAAGCGCACCAAAUAUGCCUAAGAACUGGCAUCUGGUGCCUUCAUAUGUUGUUGUGAUACCUAGCAUCUUAGUUCUAUCUAUAUCUCUGAGUGAUAUCUCAACUUAUUUGUGCGGAUUGUUAGUAUAAGUAUACACAAUGACCAUUAGCUAUCUAGGUGAC